ACAUUUAGACGUCGCACGCGCCGCGCUUCCUCGUCCUUCUGUGUUUUUGAUGUUCACUGCUGUAAUCAGUUUUAACUCAAACGGUAGUCAUUUUCUUAUUUUUAUUAAGAUGGCGCCAGUUAGAGAUUGAAUAAACACAGAAUAAAAUCGGGUUUCCGGUUGAAUGGCUCCGUAAUUCAGCCGUUUAGUUCUGUUUUGUUAAUUUGGCAUGCUGUCAUCAUCACCAGGUUUGUUGAGGGCACAGCGGGUUUGAUGCCCACCGCUCCAAAAUGGAGCAUUCAGAUUUGAUCACACAUAAGAACGGGCGGCAGCGGAAGCUGGCGGGUGCCGCCCUCUCUCCUGAACACAUGAGAGACAUGGACAGGGGAGAGAUGAGCUCCUCUGAACCAGAAGUGGAAGAGGAGGCAGAGGGUCUUAUCAAAGGGUCUGACUCUGAGGACAGGAGGCACAGAGUCCGUCCUGGGAUCCGUGGCGAGUUAGGGAACGUGUUGCUGCUUCUGUUCCUCUACGUGCUGCAAGGGAUUCCUCUGGGACUGGCUGGUAGCAUCCCUCUGAUCUUGCAGAGUAAGAGUGUCAGCUAUAAAGACCAAGCCUUUUUCAGCUUUGUCUUCUGGCCAUUUAGUCUCAAGCUUCUCUGGGCGCCACUGGUGGACGCUCUCUACUUCAGCAGGUUUGGCAGAAGAAAGUCAUGGCUGGUGCCCACACAGUACCUGCUGGGCCUCUUCAUGCUCUACCUUUCCAUGACGGUCAAUUCACUGUUGCAGAGUGAGGGAGGACCGAGUGUGGUAACACUUACUGCAGUCUUCUUUAUGCUUGCCUUCCUGGCAGCCACACAGGACAUAGCUGUGGAUGGCUGGGCCCUGACUAUGUUAUCCAGAGAGAAUGUGGGCUAUGCUUCUACAUGCAACUCUGUGGGCCAGACAGCUGGCUACUUCCUGGGGAACGUGCUCUUUCUGGCCCUGGAGUCUGCAGACUUCUGCAAUACAUACCUCAGAAUAGAGCCCAAGGACACAGGCAUCGUCACCUUGUCAGACUUCUUGUUUUUUUGGGGAGUGGUCUUCCUGGUUUCCACCACAUUGGUUGCCAUCAUUAAAAGGGAAAAUGAGCACAGCAAAGGAAAGAAGAGGGUGCAUGAGGAGACACAGGGUGUCAUGGAAACCUAUAAGCUGCUGUUCUCUAUCAUCAAGAUGCCCACAGUCUUCACCUUCUGUGUCCUGCUUCUCACUGCUAAAAUUGGCUUCUCCGCAGCAGAUGCAGUGACGGGUCUGAAGCUGGUGGAGGCUGGAGUUCCCAAGGAGCAGCUGGCAUUGCUGGCAGUGCCCAUGGUGCCCCUGCAGAUCCUACUACCUGUGAUCAUCAGUAAAUACACAGCAGGUCCCAGACCUCUGGAUGUCUUCUACAAGGCCUUCCCUUUCAGGUUGCUCAUAGGACUGGAGUACGCUCUGCUGGUGUGGUGGACCCCCAGUGUAAAACAUGAAGGAGGGUUACCUCUUUACUACUACGCCAUAGUGCUUGUUAGCUAUGCACUGCACCAGGUGGCGUUGUACAGUAUGUACGUGGCCUGCAUGGCCUUCCAUGCCAAAGUGAGUGACCCCCUCAUCGGCGGCACCUACAUGACUCUGCUGAACACAGUCACUAACCUCGGUGGAAACUGGCCGUCCACUGUGGCUCUGUGGAUGGUGGAUCCACUGACCUCUAAGGAGUGUCAGGGGGCCGUCGGGCAGAGCUGUGGCUCUCCAGACGAGGCAGGGCUGUGCGUUAAGGAGGGCGGUACUUGUGUGACAACACUGGACGGCUACUACGUGGAGUCGGUGGUGUGUGUUGUGAUCGGUUUGGCGUGGUGGUUGUGGUUGGGGAAGAAAAUGAGGCGGCUGCAGGAACAGAGCCCCGCUGCAUGGAGGUGCAGAGCUAAUUAGUGAUGACACUGUAUCAGCAGUACCACAGAGUCUUUAUUUUUCUUGCAGCUCUGCAUACUGUGCUCCAACUAUGACUGAAUGGCGGACACACGGUCAUUCCACUCUAAUCCAUCUGGUUUUGUCCCUCUGGUCCUUCUCUAGCUGCUACGUUCAGAAAACCCUCACACUCACACUUUCUCACCUCUGUCACCUUAAAGUACAUAAAUCUUACGGAAGACACCAUUGUCUCUCUGGAGCUAUAAAUCCAUCUCAUUGUUACUUGUGCUACCUGUGUUUGUGCCCUGAAAACUCCCAACAACUGGUCAGACUAGUUAACUUUUGCAGAAAUUUUUUUUCUUUGUUCGUUCUGAAACCAUAUUCUGCUGCUUAAAACAGCCUAACCAAACCAGAGCCGAGUCAAAGGAUAUGGUUAAAUCAUUUUCUGGGUUUGUAUUAACCUGCUUGGAUAUCCAGAUUGUUGAGUUAACUGUGUGCGAAGUACAAAUUAAGCUGUUCUGUGCAGUGUUUGCCUUUUGCCCUAAAUAGCUUUAAGCUUUAGUAAACUCAGCACUUCAGACCGACUUGUUUACCUUCCUGGCCAGUCACCAUUUCAUCUAUAUUAAAGGGAUACUUAAGGGAAAAGAAAAGCAAAGCAUACAAAUGCACUUCUUCGAACUGACUGUAUGCACUCAGUUUGAGUUUGACUUCAGACUAUCUGAACUGUCCUGAUGCUGUUUAACUCAACCCAUCUGUGAAUCCAAAUGAUUUAAACCCAGUGUAAAGAACAUCUUUCUCUGCUGUUGGACUCAGAUCUGAACCAAUAAUUAUUUAAAUUUCUUUCCUCUGAAAUAAUGUGUGCCUUGUUUAGUUUUUCAAAGUCUCUAGAAGCCAACCUUGUUUGAGCUGCAGUGAAACACAGGCAGGGAAUAUUACAGUCAUUUGAAAAUGAAGCACUGAAAACGAUGAAUACUCAUUGCGUAACACUGUUUUCAUUUAUAUGCUGUAAUUUGGUAGUUUACACAAAACAUGCCUGCUUUCGUUACUGUAGUUGAUUCUCUGUUUCUACACACACAUUCCUUACAAAGAUUUUAAUUUGCACAGUGAUUUAUGGAUAAGAUAUCAAUAUAUAAUAUGACCAAUAUCACCAAUGGUUAAAUUAAUGUCUAAGAUAUUAAAUGUUUUUUGGUUGGAGUAAUGUUUUUAUUUUUCCACACUUUACUUAAGUAGCAAUACUGGACAGUGCAGCUUUUAAGUUUUGGAACAUCUUGUUUAUCAAUUGGGCCUGGUUGGUAAGUUAUUUUUAGGUCACAAGAAGAAAAAUAAUAUUCACAAUAAACAUGCAUAUUUCUUUUUUUUGUUAGAUUUAUAUACACGUUAUUGAGACACGUUGCAUGCUAAAGGCCAAUAUACUGUAAACUAACUACUAAUGCAACAUACGAUUACAGGAGUCCUAAUUAAAACACCAUUUGCAGUGUAGAUGAAGGGUCCCUUAGCAGAUCCCAUCUGAGUGGGACAUUACCACCAGCCUGAAAAGUAUGCAGGUGAAAGAAAACAAUUCAGAUGCCAGACCAGCAGCCUUGGCGAGAAACUCGAUAAGCCAAUGCUCUGUUUGUUUUGCAUAUUGUACAAUAGAAUUGAAUGUUACAGUAUUUUCUCCAAAGCCAGCAUUGAAAAGAAUCCAACGGCUCUGUCAAAUGUAAAUGCUGAAGCACACAAUCAGGGUUCAUAUGAGGACACAAGAGGAAAAUACUGAAUUUUUAUCACAUUUUGCAUAGUUUCUGAUUUCGAUUGCUGUCUUUGUGAAUCGACGUAAAAUGUCAAACGUCUCCAGAUAAUGGUGGUUAUUUUUUCUCUUUUGUCCGCCGAUUCCUGUGAAAUGCAAUUAGUCCCUUAUGCUGUACAUUAAACUCACACUGGGCAACUCCUAUUAGUUUCCAUACUACAUGGUGUUGCUGUGAUGUUUUUUAGGCCUUUCAUGUUCAUUUGUGCCAGUACAACACUGUAAUGUCACAACAAUCCAUCCUUAGAGCCUUUUGCCAAUAAUAGGGCAACACUACGUUUUAUGUUUUGAUUUUUUUGACAUACUAAACUGUGUGACCGUUCAUUUACAGCAACAUGUGUGUUAGGUUUCAUAAUGUGGUUUUUAGGAUUUGACUUCAGUUUCUUAAAAAAAAAAAAAAAGGCUUUUAAGUGGUGGUGAACUAUUAUUUCAGCUACAGAGAAUUUAAUGCAUCUUGAAAUGUUACCUCACAAACCUUUUAUUGAAGACUUUUGUUUUAUGACAAUUAGUGAUUUUGUUUUUUUUUUAAAUUGCACAACUUUUGUUUACAUCUGAAUCCCCAAUCAUAUAAAGGAUUGCAGUGUGACAGUAUAGCGAUACAUUUAAAUAUAUUAGCAGCAGUGCUCUGAUGUUUUGAUAAUGAAGUUGGACAUUCAUAAGAUCCAAUGUUGAAAAAUAAUGUAAUUUAAAACAUAUGUAGUUUGUUUUUCCUGAAACUUUGAAUACAGAUUAUAAAGAAAAAAACA